CCCCCGGUCCCGUUAAAAACCGGCAUUUUCGCUUCCCCACCAAAAACAAUGGCGGCGAUAUCUGGCCACUGCACAUUCCGGUCACACCAGUCGCCUCUCACCGUCCCCGCCUCCUCCUUCGACGGCGGAAAUCUCCGAUCUUCUAGCAUUUACUUCGCUGCUCCUUCGUUGGUACGCCGAACCCAUAUCUCUUGCCAGGCCUCCUCUGCCACGUCACCACCUUCUUCCUCCGCCAAUGGGACAGCAAAAGGGGAGAAGAAGGAUUUUUUGCAUAGUAGCGAUUUUGAUAAAGCCACCAUAUUGAAGAUCUUAGAUAGGGCCGCAGAGGUAAAGGCACAGCUGAAAUCAGGAGAUAGGUCCUUUACUCCAUUUAAGGGGAAGUCCAUGGCUAUGAUUUUUGCAAAGCCAUCAAUGAGGACAAGGGUUUCAUUUGAGACUGGGUUUUUCUUGCUUGGAGGUCAUGCUAUAUAUUUGGGACCAGAUGAUAUCCAGAUGGGUAAACGUGAAGAAACUCGUGAUGUUGCUCGGGUUUUAUCUCGCUAUAAUGACAUUAUUAUGGCACGUGUCUUUGCUCAUCAGGACAUUCUUGAUUUGGCCAAAUUUUCCAGUGUACCUGUCAUUAAUGGCUUGACAGAUUACAACCACCCUUGUCAAAUAAUGGCAGAUGCACUCACAAUUAUUGAACAUAUUGGCCGGUUGGAAGGAACAAAGGUUGUCUAUGUUGGGGACGGAAACAAUAUUGUGCACUCUUGGUUGUUGCUUGCUUCAGUUGUUCCUUUCCACUUUGUCUGUGCCUGCCCUAAAGGUUUUGAGCCAGAUAAAGAGACUGUUGAUAAGGCACAGAAAGCUGGGAUCAGCAAGAUUGAGAUUACAAAUGAUCCUAAGGAAGCAGUUAAAGAUGCUGAUGUCGUGUACUCAGAUGUGUGGGCUAGCAUGGGACAAAAGGAAGAGGCUGCAUAUCGUCGUCAAGUGUUUCAAGGAUUUCAGGUUGAUGAUGCUCUUAUGAAGACAGCAGGCCCAAAAGCUUAUUUCAUGCAUUGUUUGCCUGCUGAAAGAGGAGUAGAAGUGACUGACAAUGUUAUUGAGGCUCCAAACUCCAUCGUCUUUCCACAAGCAGAAAAUCGCAUGCACGCACAGAAUGCUAUAAUGCUCCAUGUUCUUGGGUUAUAAUUGCAUGGCAUUGCUGCAUUUACAAAAAGAAACCGUUACGCCAUGUUACUUCUGGAACUACAUUUUCAUCCUAGACACAA